CGAUAUCAAAAACCCGCUCUUGCGGUAGUCCUCGGACAUUCGUCCUGGGCCGAAUGACUCUUUCCACCUCAGCCAGCUGACGCGAAAAGGCAAAUAACGACAAACCUAGAGGGCCUUGCACAAGGUCGAACUUUCGAGCGAACGCCGUGCAGAUAAUUAGACUUACUAUGAUGGAUUCUCCUACGCCAUUUAGCAGGCGUCACCAUCGCCGGUCCACAAUGUAUGCCUCACCAACCAAGUCGAGGUUGAAAGACGCGGAAUAUGACGUCAGAGAUCCGCAAGUGGAGGAUGAACGCCAUAGUUCUGUAGUUACUGCUAAUAAACAUGACUUCGAGGUAUGCAUUACCUGUGAAAUGCUGAUUGGUAGGAAAUUAACUAACCAGAACCAUAGGGGAUGGAUCCCCACAUGUCUCCAUCAAGGUCAACUAUGAGCACCAUCCCAACAGUGGAAGUCACACCUCCAAGUGAUUACUUCGGCUACACGCCCAGAACAGAUCCUGUCCAGCCCAUAAUCCCGUCGCCUCUUGAUCAAGCACGACUGUCCACACCAUCAAGAACUUCCGGCCACCAAAGCAACAGAUCAACGAACGAAGCAUCACUCCCGUCAUUACCACACCCACCAGUACUUUCACCAAAAGCUGAUAUUCAAACUCUCAAAUCAGCACUCUCCGUAGUCCGGAACCACCUUUCUUCCCUCGAUACAGGAAUCAAGCGAAACAUUUCAGCUCAGUCUGUCGGUCAAUCUCCUACUAAAUCUAGGGAGCCCGAUCUAUUGAGCACCACCAGGUCAGCAAGCGGAAUAGACGGUAGCAGAGCACCUGAGUUCGCAGUAAAAGAUGUACAUGUGUCUGGUGCGGUGUUGGAUACCGCCAAAGUGUGUUGUGUGCUUGAGAGUAGUUUGGAGGCUUUGAUUGAGGUUUUGGGGAUGGUUGAGGUGGGUGAGGUAUACGGAAUGUCAAGAAGUGAGAUGGAAGGAGAGAAGGGCUUGAUGGAUGCUUGUAUGGAGAGGGGAGCGGAUGCGAAAAAGGUUAUGGGAAGUGCGGUCGAGGGUGUCAAGAGUGUGGUGGAGUUUGAUGUGAAGGAGGGACCAAGUGAUUGAUGAGUGAGACGGAAUCAUGCUCUUCACCUGCCGCAUAUCCAUGAAAGUCAGUGGUUAAGCAGGGCGACGUACAGUGUAGUCGAUAGUUUACGGCCGUUCAAACGGCCGUUCAAACGACCUCGUUUUGAGGCUUUUGAACUAACUAUAGUUUUACUACCUGAUUAUAAACUGUAGUUAGUUCUAGUACAGCUAAAACGAACGGAAUAAGGUUGUUCUAAAGAACGGAGAGAUAAACUAACC